CAUUUGAGCUAGAUCUGCAGCUAAAGAUUUAAACUUUUUUCAAGUUUAGGCGCGUGGGUGGGUUUGGUUUUUUGGAGAACACGAUGUUUUGUGUUUGUGUUUGUUAAGGUUGUUUGUAAAGAUUCAGGAAAUGAAUCGAAGUUUUCGGGCACCGGAAAAGGUAAUGCCGGGACAGAUGGCAAGAGGCCAAAUGAUGAGUUUCAAUAAUAAUAAUAACAACAAGAAAGAUAAAGCAGAAGAAGAUUUAGGGUUAUUUUUAGAAAUGAGAAAAAAGGAAAAACAAAGUGAUCUUUUUAACCAUACCUCUGAUGAAGAUGAUUCCCUUAUUGGAUCGAUCGAAGGAAGUUCUCAGAUGUUCAGUAUGCCUCCAGCAACGGGUGCUAGAAAGACUGGUGCUGAUGAGUUCCUCAACUCUGAAAACGAUAAGAACGAUUAUGACUGGCUUUUGACGCCCCCUGGUACACCUCUGUUCCCAUCACUAGAAAUGGAAUCACAGAAGACCGUCAUGGGUCAACAUGGAACACCUAAAGCUCGUCCCACUGCACUAAAAUCUCGAUUAUCAAACACCAACCCAGAGGCUACUGGAAGGAAUAACUUUGCAACUAGGCAGCAAGGGUCAUCUCCUGGAUUGAAUAUGUCAAGUGGUGGACUUCGCAGGCCAGGAGGUUCGAGGCCCACCACUCCAACCGGAAGACCUGCUACUCCAACUGGAAGGCCCACAUUGGGCUCGUCUACUAGAUCCAAUUCUUUAACCAGAACGACUUCUAACAUAACAUCUAGAUCCACUUCAAGUACAACGUCUAGACCCACUCCAAGCGCAACGUCUAGACCUACUUCAAGCGCGACAUCUAGACCCACUUCAAGCGCGACGUCUAGACCCAUUUCAAGCGCAACGUCUAGACCCACUUCAACUGCAACAUCUAGGCCAUCUUCAACUACAACAUCUAGACCUACUAGGUCUUCAACACCUACUUCUCGCCCCACUAUGGGUUCAACCAAGCCCAUUGUGCCAGCUAGAUCUUCUACUCCUACACCACGGUCUACAGCAAGAUCCUCGACUCCCACAAGCAGACCAUCUUUACCUGCAACCAAACCUGUAUCACGGGCGCCAACACCAACCCGUAGGCAACCCACACUGACAACUGUAACAAGAACAUCCACCCUGCCACUUAAAUCUCCUCCUACAGUCACAAAACCGGUACCAAGUACAACAAGAAGUGCACCAGCACCACGGGCUAGUUCUCCGAGUGUAAGACCAAGACCAUGGAAUCCUCAAGAGAUGCCCGGUUACUCCCUUGAUGCACCGCCAAAUUUACGAACCUCACUUGCUGAUAGACCCACUUCAGCUACAAGGGGAAGACCUGGUGCCCCUAGUAGCCGGUCUUCAUCUGUUGAGCCUGUGGCUAAUGGAAGGGUAAGAAGGCAAUCUUGUUCACCUUCAAGAGGACGACUUCCGAAUGGUAUGAGUCAUAUCAGUGGAAGUUCUGUGCCAAUUCCUGCACUGAAUCGUGCUUAUGCUAAGGCUAAUGACAAUCUGAGCCCUGGUUUGUAUGGCACAAAGAUGGUUGAAAGGGUUAUAAACAUGCGGAAAUUGGUUCCACCAAAGCAAGACGAUAAGCAUUCACCUCAUAGUAACUUAUCUGCAAAGUCAUCUCCUGAUAGCUCUGGUUUUGGCAGAUCACUUUCAAAGAAAUCCUUGGAUAUGGCUAUACGACAUAUGGAUAUAAGGCGGACAGUGCCUGGUAACUUGAGGCCAUUGAUGACUAAUAUUCCAGCAUCAUCGAUGUACAGUGUAAGGCCUGGUCCCACAAGAAGUCGAACAAUUAGUGUUUCAGAUUCACCUCUUGCAACAAGCAGCAAUGCAAGCUCGGAAAUGAGUGUGAAUAACAACGGUCUGUGCUUGGAUGGAAACAUUGAUGAUGAAAUUAGCAGUGAGAGGGGUGUCAUUAACAUCCGUGGAAGGUAACUUAUGAGAUGAAUGCAUAACUGUGAUAUCUGAGUUUUCUUAAUUUGUAUGUUAAUUUGUCCAAAUCGCUUAACCCAUGAAUGAUAUGGCAUCAUCUAAUCUAGUUAUUAGUUUGAAAAGGGUGCAUUUGACUUGAUUCAAAAUCUGGCUUGAGAAAAUCGGUUCAAUUAUCUCAACUUGCUUAAAGACCUUGUCUUUUCUUAGUUUCUUGGUUGAUAUGGUUUGUAUCAUUGUAUCACGCACAUAAACAAGAGCUUGAGCCUAGUAGAAAUCCUCUCUUUCCAUAGGUGUUAGUUCCAAGUGUUUGUGUAAACCAAGUGUGAGAGCAUUGAAGUUACAAGUUUGAUAUGUUGAGAGAUGACUUAGAAGUUGGGUUUGCUUAACUGAUUGAAGCAUUAUUGAUUAAAUUAUAAGCGUCGCAUCAUUAGGUACCCCCGGGUAUGGGGGUACGUUUUAUUGAGGCACCGAGUCAAAUAGAGACUAUGAAUCGCAAGAAAGCAACAUGUUUAUAACAGUUCUUCCAGAAAAAUAGAAGUAGUUAUGAAUUUGUACAUUGGAUCUAUGUUUUUUAGAAUUUCUGGUUCUGCCAAUGUGCAAUCAGAAAUUUGAAAGCACUUAAUGUGGAAAGGAUGGUGUUAUGUUGAUGUUGUAGAUUGUCUUGUUUGUUGGAGUCAUAUGAGUGUGACCAUGACAAGGGGAAAUCUUGUGAUCUCUCAUUUGUUGACUGAAUGAUAUAUUGUUUAUCA